CGAUAUUCCUCUCAGCGCAGCGGUGCCAUCCACACAACGUCGCCACAGAGUCCAGAACUGCCAAUUCUGCUAGAAUUGCCUUUUUUGUGAUUUUUCUCCAUCUUUUGUUUGUCUUUUUCUGAUUCGAUUGAACAGAUCAGAGGAAUAAGACUCCGUAUUGAACACGAGUUCAUAACAUUGAAAUCACAUUGUAAUAUAUCGAUACGUCCUAUUCAUAAAUCAAUUCCAGUUCAUAUACCAUACUCAUUUUCAAAUCAGAUCUACUGUCAUCUACUUGCACUACAUCAACAUCUCAUUAUACCACCAUGCCCGAAGACUCAGCUGCUCUUUUAGACCAAAACAACAUCCAGGAGAUCCUAAACAGUGACUCGUCGUUGGACAUUCUCUUGACUCGUUUGAAGCAGUCCAUCACUACAGGCGAAGAGUUUGCUAAAUACAUAAAGAAGAAAGCACAGAUCGAAGAUGAACACUUCACCCAGUUGAAGAAGUUUGCAAUGCAGACGAAAGCGAACUUCAAGACCCACCAGGGAAAGUUGAAAAACGAUUCUUUUUCAAAUAAAUUGGAAGCGAUCAUUUCUCUAGAUGAAAAACUUCACGACGUAGGUAAUCCAUAUGUAAAGGCUCUUACUGUUAUGUAUGACGAGUUGUCCUCGUUGAUUGCAACAGUAUCGAGAUCCAGGAAGUUAAUCAAAGACGAGGCCAAAAAGAAAGAAAAAGACCUUGGUGAUGCUUGUCUUGCUGCCGACAAGGCUAAGCAGAAAUACUACCAUUUGUGCGAUGACUUGGAGAAGUUAAAGACCAGCGAUCCUAACAAAAAGUCAUUCUCGUUGAAGAACAAGUCAGUAGAGCAACAAGAGGACGACUUGCUGAAGAAGGUAGACUCUGCUGACCAGGACUACAAAAUGAAGUCUACGGCUUCCAAGAAGUUAAGAGACGAAGUUCUUGUCAUCCACAGACCCAACAACUCCAAGAAGCUCAAAAACUUGAUCUUGGAAAUGGAUAUUGCUAUGAAUGUUCAAUUGCAAAAGUAUGCAACAUGGGAAGAGAACUUGAUCAUGAAUUCUGGUGUCACCAUCAGUCCGAUCCAGUCCAACAAGCCCUCCAUCAAGGCUUUGGCCAAUGCUAUCGAUAACGAGAAGGAUCUCUACGAUUAUUUGGUCAGGUCUGAACGAUCUGUAGCACCCAAUAAGACCUUAAUACCCGUGGAGUAUGUCUUGCAUCCUUCUUUGGCUAAAAACCAAAGAAUAAGCAAACCCUUUCUCAAUACCAGUGCUCCAAAGAAUAACCACACCAACGUUGCGGCUGCAUUCAACUCCAAGAGUCACAUAAUAAUGCUAGCACUCGGAUUAGGCGACUCUGGUACUGAAGCCAAGUCACCUAGUUUCUAUAGUUCGUUAGAUCCAGCAUCUCAGUCCAACACUCCUGAACUCAAGGGACCUAAGGUUCUAAAGACCCAGAUAUCUCAGCCUACGUUUGGAGUAUCAAUUGAAGAUGUUAUCCAGUACGCUGGCCAAGAUAACGUGCCCUAUGUCGUCAAAAAGUGUUUCGAAACGAUAGAAAGAUACGGCCUAGACCUCGAAGGCAUCUACAGAACGAGUGGAAACAAAGCUGCUGUGCAGCAGUUGAAGGAUUCUAUUGAUCAAAACUUCACCAACUACUUGUUGAUUGGAAGCAACAUCGAUGGAACCAAUGUUCAUGAUGCUGAUAUUGUCUGUGUAGCUUCGUUGGUGAAGUUGUAUUUUGCUAGUUUGCCAGAGCCUUUGCUUACCAACGAGUACCACCAGUCAUUUAUUGAAACUGUUAAAUCGCUUGACGAAACUUUUAUCGCUAAGAAAUUGCACCAUUUGGUGUUCAACUUGCCUGAUGGAGCGUACUUCACAUUGAGAGCGCUCAUCUUUCAUUUGAACCGCGUCGCAGAGCACCAGAGCAGUAAUAGAAUGACUGCUAAGAGUUUGGCCAUUAUCUGGGGACCCGUUAUAUUGAACGACAACAGCAUGAACCCACAAGAUUUGAGCUACAAGAGUAAAGUCGUGGAGGAGUUGAUGCUUAUUGCCAACGAGAUCUUUGAUCCCGACGAAUAG